GUUACGUCUACGUGAAAUCAAGAAAAAAUAGAGAGGAAACGUUCAACGAUGUAAAACUUCAAACGGAGCUCGUCAUGGAUGCUUUCCUUAAAAAAAUGUUGUCAUCAUUGACAUGGAUGAAAGGAUCAUAUCAGACAGCAGAGAAAAAAAUCAAAGAAAUGCAUAGAAACUAUGGAUGGCCCAGGGAAUUAUUUGGUGAUUUCAAAAACUCUUCUACUAUUGAUAAUUAUCACAAACAAGACUAUUAUCCUAUUCUCGAAGCCUACAAAAAGAAUGGAAGCUCUUUUUCCACAAUACUGAGUAUUUUGAAGAAAGGAAAGGAAAAUCGAGAAAUGUUUCGGCUAAUUAAUGUUCCGGCUGACAGGACGGUCUUCCUUCUUUCGCCAGCUGCGGCUGAUGCUUGGUAUCAGCAUGAGCGAAAUUCAUUAACUAUUCCUUACGGAAUACUAACUCCACCACAAUACAAGUUGGGCUUCCCCAAGUAUAUAAACUUUGCCGGUCAAGCCGGAACUAGCGGUCAUGAGCUUGUACAUGGAUUUGAUGAUAGAGGUGUUCAAUUUGGCCCUGACGGGAGCCUAUCCAAUUGUAAUACAUCAUUCGAAUGUGGAUGGAUGGAUCGAAAGGGUAAAACAGGAUUCCGAGAUAUGGCACAAUGUCUUGUGGAACAAUACAACACUCACUGUUGUCCCAAGAAAGAGGAUGGAAGUGUUCUUUGCGCCGAUGGUGCGACUAUAAAGGGAGAAAAUAUCGCCGACCUCGGAGGUGGUAAUAGGCUUUUCCAUUCAGGUCAACAAGCAGCUUACUAUGCCUACCUGGAGUACAUAAAGCGAAAGGGUGAAGAGGAAAAGAGGCUUCCGGGACUGGAAAAAUUCACCCCAAAUCAGUUAUUCUGGAUCGCUUAUGGUUACACGUGGUGCGCAAAAGAAACAGAUAGUAGUCUUGUCAAAGGGAUAUUUUUAAAUACGCAUGCACCGAAUUCUUGCCGAACAAAUCAAGUACUACAGAAUAUUCCAGAAUUUGUUAAAGAUUUUCAAUGUAGUAUUGGUCAAAAAAUGUAUCGGCCACCUAAGGAACGUUGUAGGGUGUGGGUGGAAUGA